ACAUCUUCCGCACCUUCCGCAUCUUCCAAACCUCCCUCACUUCCCAAACCUGCCGCAUAUGCCGAACCUGCCGCAUAUGCCGAACCUGCCACAUCUUCCUGACCUUGCGGAAUUGAAAGCGGAAGGCGCAUAUGCGCUAGGCUUCGUCCGGGAUUCCACUGCAAGCUCAGCAACAAGCAUAUCUGCGUCCAUCCCGAAGUUUGUGCGGCCAAUCACGCGAUGGCCAUUCUUUCUUUUUCUGGCGGGCGCAAUGUUUUGUCUCUUCUCAAGUAGCGUAUGUCAUCUUCUUUCCUGUUUAGGAAAGAGGACGCAUGAAAUCAUUUGGAGGUUUGACUAUGUGGGGAUCGCGGCAAUGAUUGCGACUUCGUUUUACCCGCCGGUUUAUUACAGCUUCAUGUGCAGUCCCUGCGUGCGAAACCUCUAUUUGCUGUGCAUAACCGUCCUCGGCAUCUUAGCGAUUCCGGUGUCGCUCAUUCCGGCUUUUCAACAGCCCAAAUACCGGCCGGUGAGGGCAGCGCUCUUUGGCGGCAUGGGAGUGUCGGGAGUCGUUCCUUGCAUGCAUAAGCUCCUCGUGUUCCACGGUGAACCAGUGGCCUACCAAACGGCCGUCCACGAGGUUAUCAUGGGCCUGCUGUACGGCCUCGGGGCGGUCGUUUACGCAAUGCGUGUGCCUGAGAGAUGGAGGCCCGGCAAGUUCGAUCUAGCCGGUCACAGUCAUCAGAUCUUCCACGUGUUGGUCGUUGCCGGCGCGUACACGCACUACAAGGCUGGUCUCCUAUAUCUGCAGUGGAGGGACAGCACAGGGUGUGGAUUUGACGGGUAGACGGAGCAGUGCAUUUUCUGCAGCGUUGACGAUCCCUGAUCCCUUCUGCUGCGCUACGUGGACGGAUUGUUCUUUCAAGCGCUCGCACACACACAUGGUGGAGCCCAUUUUCGAUGCAGGGAGAAGGGGAUCGUAGACGGCCGCCUGGGGUUAUCUCGACAGGCAGGAAGGGGGAUGGAUGACAGACGAUGCCUUCAUUUGAUAUCGAAAUCUGUGAGCCACUGCAUGUAUGACCAUGGGUUGUCGCAGGAAGGCUGGUCAGCUCUUUGUCGGUUGUCGCAGGUUGAUGUACGUGCACUAAAACGCUUGCGAAUGAGUUUGUGUAUAGGCAUUCUGUUUUCACAUGUGACGGUCACCUCCGCUCCGGUUCAUCCUCUUGUUGCCGGUUACUCUUCAAACUCGCCGUUGCACGUCUAUGUACUGCAGUAAAUAGGCUCGUCGUCUCUCUAUCUUGUAAACGGGGGUGGGGGGGGGGGGGGGGGGGGGGGGGGGGGUAGAGCAGACGAUGCAUGCAUUGUAUGGCCAAGGUGUUGGCUGGCUGUGCUUAUCUCUACUGUAGGGGGGAGAGAGAGAGAGAGAGAGAGAAUGGGCUACGCGUUCGACGAAGUAGGACUUAUCUGGUAAGUCCGAACUUUUGACGACUCGUUGGUCGCGUCACACAGUCGAUUCUCUGUUUGUUUUUCGUUGCUGAUGUGUGGUCGCACACGUUGAAAGGCUGGUCUUAUUUGUCUGUAGACUCUGCACCAACUUUGACUCUGCAGUGUAACGAGAAAGGGCGAACUCGGCUGCACGUACUCGGGCUUCGAACACUUGUCGUCUUGUCAGUGCGUGCGUCACGCAGUGGAUAUCCUCUCUGUGUCUGUUGUUGCAGAACUUUUAUCGCACACAGCGCAAGGCGGGUGGUCUUCGCUGUCCACUCUGUCCGAAGUAAACACACAGCACACACUCAGCCUUGGACAGACGGGCAUCGCUCUGCUCCGUCUUCGCCCUCAAGGUGUAAGAGUGUCUUUAAGACUCUACAAACUCUAUACCCCUUACGGGAGGGAUAGAACGGAGCUUUCGGGGAGCCGACAUCAUGUCGCUCGCUCGGUGUUCCCUGUCACGCGCUCACAAGUUGGCAAUGGUGUGUCUUUUUUUUUUUUCUUUUGCUUCCCUUGAGUCAGUGCCAAGGGUUUGGCAAAAAGCAGUCUGACAACGCCGUGCCUUGGAUGGGUCGGUACGGGGUUGAAGGUUCUUCGUGGGUGUGCUAGAAGUCAGGUUGCCCUCUGCUGAUAGAGGGGGGAUCGAUUGCGAAGGUCGGGCAUCUAUUAGAGGGGUAUGCCUCUGAGAGGUGUAGGUGACACGGUUGUUGUGCCAGGUAGUCGCUGCUCUAAGUACUCCAGUAAUGGUUUGGAAAGCUGCGCAGCUUUGUGGCUUUGGCCCACGUCGUGCAGCCUUUGGUGUUGCCCCUUUUUUCUUUUUUUUGCAUACUGCGGUCAGUGCGGAACAGUUGCUUGACCAUGCUGUCUAGUCAAUGUGGCUGUUGAGUUGCAUGGGGUGAUUGGCUAGCUGGAGUGGUGCUUUGGGUUGGUCCGUGUACCGAUUACUUGUCAGUAGUUCGGACAUUAUGGUAACGACUCUCGUGGUCUGUUGCAUUGUCGUUGUCAUCGUCAUCGUCGUUGUUGUUGUUGUUCUCGUCGUCGUCGUCAUCGUCGUCAUCGUCGUUGUUGUCGAUGUCGUCGUCGCUGUUGUCGUCGUCAGAGGAUAGCAGGAGGUCGGGGAGGAUUGUGAGGUGAUCUCCCAAAUAAUAGGUUGCCACUGUUGCUAGGUUGAGG